UCCGUGCGUACGUGCGCGCGCCGCGCCCGCCCUCCUGCAACCGCGCGACGCGAGGGUGGGGGCGCCGCGUGCGCGCGCGUUCUCGUUCCUUCGUUCGCUUGCCUGCUCGCUCUCGGCGGCCGCUCUCGCUGCGGCUGCGGCUGGGGCUGGGGGCGGCGGCGGCGGCGGGCGGCGCGGGGCGGUCCGGCGGGUUCAAAGAGGAAAACAUGGCGGAAAACAAAGGCGGUGGCGAGGCUGAGAGCGGCGGCGGGGGCAGCAGCAGCGCGCCGGUAACUGCCGGGGCCGCCGGGCCCGCGGCGCAGGAGGCGGAGCCGCCUCUCGCCGCGGUGCUGGUGGAGGAGGAGGAGGAGGAAGGCGGCAGGGCCGGCGCGGAGAGCGGCGCGGCCGGGCCUGACGACGGGGGGGUGGCCGCGGCCUCCUCGGGCUCGGCCCCGGCUGCCUCAGCCCCUGCAGCCUCAGUGGGCCCUGGAGUUUCCGGGGGGGCGGUAUCGACGCCGGCCCCAGCUCCGGCUUCGGUUCCUGCUCCGGGUCCCUCGGCGGGGCCGCCUCCUGGACCGCCAGCCUCGCUCCUGGACACCUGCGCCGUGUGUCAGCAGAGCCUGCAGAGCCGGCGUGAGGCGGAGCCCAAGCUGCUGCCCUGUCUUCACUCUUUCUGCCUGCGCUGUCUGCCGGAGCCCGAGCGCCAACUCAACGUGCCCAUCCCGGGGGGCAGCAACGGCGACAUCCAGCAAGUUGGUGUAAUACGGUGCCCAGUAUGCCGCCAAGAAUGCAGACAGAUAGACCUUGUGGAUAAUUAUUUUGUGAAAGAUACAUCUGAAGCUCCUAGCAGUUCUGAUGAGAAAUCAGAACAGGUAUGUACUAGUUGUGAAGACAAUGCAAGUGCAGUUGGCUUUUGUGUAGAAUGUGGAGAGUGGCUAUGUAAGACAUGUAUUGAAGCACAUCAAAGAGUAAAAUUCACUAAAGAUCACUUGAUCAGGAAGAAAGAAGAUGUCUCAGAGUCUGUUGGAGCAUCUGGUCAGCGCCCUGUUUUCUGCCCUGUACACAAACAAGAACAGUUGAAACUUUUCUGUGAAACAUGUGAUAGGCUGACAUGUAGAGACUGUCAGCUAUUGGAACACAAAGAACAUAGGUAUCAAUUUUUAGAAGAAGCUUUUCAAAACCAGAAAGGUGCAAUUGAGAAUCUACUGGCUAAGCUUCUUGAGAAGAAGAAUUAUGUUCAUUUUGCAGCUACUCAGGUGCAGAAUAGGAUAAAAGAAGUAAAUGAGACUAACAAACGAGUAGAACAGGAAAUUAAAGUGGCCAUUUUCACCCUUAUCAAUGAAAUUAAUAAGAAAGGAAAAUCUCUGUUACAGCAGCUAGAGAAUGUUACAAAAGAAAGACAGAUGAAGUUACUACAGCAACAGAACGACAUCACAGGCCUUUCCCGGCAGGUGAAGCAUGUUAUGAACUUUACAAACUGGGCAAUUGCUAGUGGUAGCAGCACGGCACUACUGUACAGCAAGCGACUGAUUACUUUUCAAUUGCGCCAUAUUUUGAAAGCACGGUGUGAUCCUGUCCCUGCUGCUAAUGGAGCAAUACGUUUCCAUUGUGAUCCCACCUUCUGGGCAAAGAACGUAGUCAAUUUAGGUAAUCUAGUAAUAGAGAGUAAACCAGCUCCUGGUUAUACUCCUAAUGUUGUAGUUGGGCAAGUUCCGCCAGGGACAAACCACAUUAGUAAAACCCCUGGACAGAUUAACUUAGCACAGCUUCGACUCCAGCACAUGCAACAACAAGUGUAUGCACAGAAACAUCAGCAGUUGCAACAGAUGAGGAUGCAGCAGCCACCUGCACCUGUACCAACAACAACAGCAACAACACAGCAGCACCCUAGACAAGCAGCCCCUCAGAUGUUACAACAACAGCCUCCAAGAUUGAUCAGUGUGCAAGCAAUGCAAAGAGGCAACAUGAACUGUGGAGCUUUCCAAGCCCAUCAGAUGAGAUUGGCUCAGAAUGCUGCCCGAAUACCAGGGAUACCCAGGCACAGUGGCCCUCAGUAUUCCAUGAUGCAGCCACACCUCCAAAGACAACACUCAAACCCAGGGCAUGCUGGACCCUUUCCUGUUGUGUCGGUGCACAACAACCCAGUCAAUCCAACCAGCCCUACUACAGCUACUAUGGCAAAUGCAAAUCGAGGUCCCACCAGCCCAUCUGUUACAGCAAUAGAACUAAUUCCCUCAGUUACCAAUCCAGAAAACCUUCCAUCUCUGCCAGAUAUUCCACCCAUACAGUUGGAAGAUGCUGGUUCAAGUAGUUUAGAUAAUCUACUAAGUAGAUACAUCUCAGGCAGUCACCUACCCCCACAGCCCACAAGCACCAUGAAUCCCUCCCCAGGACCCUCUGCCCUAUCACCAGGAUCAUCAGGUUUAUCCAAUUCUCACACACCUGUGAGACCCCCUAGUACUUCUAGUACUGGUAGUCGAGGCAGCUGUGGGUCGUCAGGAAGAACUGCUGAGAAGACAAGUCUUAGUUUCAAGUCUGAUCAAGUGAAGGUCAAGCAAGAACCUGGCACUGAAGAUGAAAUAUGUAGCUUUUCAGGAGCUGUGAAACAGGAAAAGACAGAGGAUGGCAGGAGGAGUGCCUGCAUGUUGAGCAGUCCUGAGAGUAGCUUGACACCACCUCUUUCAACUAGCCUGCAUCUAGAGAGUGAGUUGGACGCAUUAGCAGGCCUGGAAAACCACGUGAAAACUGAACCUGCAGAUGUGAAUGAAAGCUGCAAACAGUCAGGGCUCAACAGCCUUGUUAAUGGAAAGUCCCCAGUUCGAAGUCUCAUGCACAGGUCGGCAAGGAUUGGAGGAGAUGGCAGCAGCAAAGAUGAUGACCCAAAUGAAGAUUGGUGUGCUGUCUGCCAAAAUGGAGGGGAUCUCUUGUGCUGUGAAAAAUGUCCAAAGGUCUUUCAUCUAACUUGUCAUGUUCCAACACUUCUUAGCUUUCCAAGUGGGGACUGGAUAUGCACAUUUUGCAGAGAUAUUGGGAAACCAGAAGUUGAAUAUGAUUGUGAUAAUUUGCAACAUAGUAAGAAGGGGAAAACUGCACAGGGGUUAAGCCCCGUGGACCAAAGGAAAUGUGAACGUCUCCUGCUUUACCUCUAUUGCCAUGAAUUAAGUAUUGAAUUCCAGGAGCCAGUUCCUGCUUCGAUACCAAACUACUAUAAAAUUAUAAAGAAACCUAUGGAUUUAUCCACCGUGAAAAAGAAGCUUCAGAAAAAACAUUCCCAACACUACCAAAUCCCAGAUGACUUUGUGGCUGAUGUUCGUUUGAUCUUCAAGAACUGUGAAAGGUUUAAUGAAAUGAUGAAAGUUGUUCAAGUUUAUGCAGAAACACAAGAGAUUAAUUUGAAGGCUGAUUCAGAAGUAGCUCAGGCAGGGAAAGCAGUUGCAUUGUACUUUGAAGAUAAACUCACAGAGAUCUACUCAGACAGGACCUUCGCACCUUUGCCAGAGUUUGAGCAGGAAGAGGAUGAUGGUGAGGUAACUGAGGACUCUGAUGAAGACUUUAUACAGCCCCGCAGAAAACGCCUAAAGUCAGAUGAGAGACCAGUACAUAUAAAGUAAAAUGACAUGAACUUAAAUCAAUUGUUUAAAAAAAGAAAAGAAUGAAAAACUUUUAUUUAAGUGUUGCUGGAAUAUCCUGCCUACAGUGGGCACCUCCUUGAAGAAGCUGAUAGCUUUUACACAGUAUUAGAUUGAAAUAAUGGACAGAAAACACAUUCUUGUCAAGAAAGGGGGGAAGGACUCUAUUUGCAACUUUAAAAGUAAAAACAAAAGCAAAAGUAAAAUGAUCUGAAGAUUUCUGUUACCACAGAGAAUGGUUCUGAUUGUUAGAAUGGGCAGAUGUUGAUGAUCACUUGGUAUUGAUUGGUGCAGGAUACUGAGUGUUCAAGUACUUAAGGGUCAUGUCACUGGUUAAAUUGUCUCUUUGGAGUAGAGUGCACAAUUAUUAAACCAACUUUUAUGCCUCCCCCUCCACACAUAUACAUACUGGCUUAUUUUCUAGUUAAAAAUCAAAGUUGCUCAGAUUCCACUUUGAUGUCAGUGCAGAUGUGCAUUGCAUCAUGCUGUUAUAUUUUCUCUCAUUUUUAUGCUGUUG